AUGCCCCAAAAUCCCAUCUUGGAGGUGGAACUUUUCGACUGCUGGGGUAUUGACUUCAUGGGUCCUUUUGUGAGCUCAUAUGGGAAUCAGUACAUACUUAUUGCUGUGGAUUAUGUUUCCAAAUGGGUUGAGGCUGUUGCUUCCCCAACCAAUGACUCUAAAGUGGUGGUCAAGCUCUUCAAAACCACCAUCUUCCCAAGGUUUGGGGUUCCUAGAGUAGUGAUAAGUGAUGGAGGUUCUCAUUUUGUGAACAAGACUCUAGAGGGGCUGCUAAGGAGGCAUGGUGUCAAGCACAAGAUAGCUAGUCCAUAUCACCCUCAGACCAGUGGCCAAGUAGAGGUUUCAAACAGACAGAUAAAGGCCAUCUUAGAAAGGACAGUGAGCAACUCCAGGAAGAAUUGGAGCAAGAAGUUGGAUGAUGCUCUUUGGGCCUAUAGGACUGCUUUCAAAACACCUAUUGGCAGAUCUCCCUUCACACUUCUCUAUGGAAAGAGCUGCCACUUACCAAUAGCCCAAGAGAAGAGGCUACUCCAGUUGCAUGAACUUGAAGAGAUCAGACUCAAUGCCUUUGAGAGUGCAAGGAUAUACAAGGAGAAGACCAAGAUCUUGCAUGAUCAGAAAAUUCUCAAGAGGGAGUUUAAGGUGGGAGAUCUGGUUCUUUUGUUUAACUCAAGGCUCAAGCUCUUUCCUGGUAAGUUGAGGUCAAGAUGGUCAGGACCAUUCAGGGUUUUAGAGGUUAGAAGCUAUGGAGCAUUGGUCUUGGAGGGAAAGGAUGGAAAGGGUUUUGUUGUGAAUGGACAAAGGGUCAAGCAUUACCUUGUUUCUGAGAAGAGAGAAGAGGCUUCUACAGUUCCUCUUGAUGAUCCACCAGCCUGUUAA